UGUCCGUCAAUCCCUCGCUCCGCAUCCGGCGCCGCUUCAUCGGUCGGAGCUGAGCAUGGGCGAUCACGACCUCCACUGGCCGCCUCCUUCGACGGACGUGGACUACCUCAGCAAUCUCCCGGAUUCCCUUCUCCUCCACAUCCUCUCCUGCCUCACCGCCCACAACUCCGUCCGCACCUCCGUCCUCGCCCGCCGAUGGCGCAACCUGUGGGCCUCCGUCCCCACCAUCUUCUUUGAUUACUAUGAUUUCCAUCCGGAUAUCGUGUCGAGAGCCGACGAGAUUGUCCAUCGAUUCAUCGCCUCCCGCAGAUCCUCUUCCGCUGUUUUUUCUCUUUGUAUGAACUUGAACCUUAUAUGCCCUAUUACCUGGAUCGACUAUGCCAAAUCCCAUGGUGCUCUAUCGCAAAUUAUGAUGCCGGUAUCGAAAUUGCAGUACCGAAUCUUCGCAGAUUGAUCGUUAUAGGCACUCAGAGCAAGACGCGUAUCAAUUGCCGGAAUCUUGAAUCUUUCUGCAUUGAUAGCAGUUCUUAUCUUCACGAGUGCCAUGUCUACGCGCCAUCUCUGGUCUGGGUUCAUUUAGCUCAAUUUCGAUGGUGCC